AAACCUCCGUUCUGCACGUUUCUCUACCUAUGGUCACAAGCUCCUGUUGUCUGCUUCGUGAAGUGGUCUCGAGCAUGGUGAAACUGCUAUCGAAGCCUUGCGAGCAAGGAUAGGCGGCGAUAGUCCCUCCGCGGUGGCUUGGUGAAGAGGCGUGUAGUUGUUGUUGUUGUUGCUGCUCGCUAGGUUAGGUUGAUAAUGAUGGGACGUUGGAAGAAGAAAGAACAAUUAGACGGAGCACAGUACGCACAGGCCACGAACAGCGUUAGCGCAACGCCUGCAGGUACCGACGCGACUGAUGAUCCCGCGUUCGCCCCAAAGCCGACAAGCCAGCAGAGGUAUCAUUCCUUUGUCUCCUCGAAAAACACGGCCUUCCACUGCGCCUGUCUUUCUUUCACUUAACCUUCUUCUAAGAAUAUUCUAGGGCGCACUGGCCGCUCGACGAUCAGAAUGUAUGGAGAAAUUGGCAACAAGCUGGUCCAAGAUGCAAAGCGGACGCAGUCCCUCGCCCACCUACCCCGUUACAGAACUGAGAUGGUCAGAGCGGUCACUCGAGAGGUUCGUGACCUAGACAAAGACGUAGGGACGAUCCUAGAACCAUUCGCUGGGUCCUUCAACCCCUCCACUGAGCCCGCAACUGCCUGUGCUCUCCUAGUCAACCACCUUUGCAUGCGGAGAAACAAACGAUGCUUACUGGCGUAUCACCGGGUUCGAUCAGACAAGCUUGAGGAGAUGUGCUGGGGUGGUGUCGAUGUCCUUGAAAGACAACAGCAGCAGCAGACCAGUAAACCAGGUGGCGAAGGGGCAACAACAUUAGGGUCUGACGGCAACUCAAGCAGUCUUAGCCCCGAGGAGGAGGAGUACGUUCGUCAAUACAGCGAUCUGCUUGCUGCAUACAAGGGUCAAUGGACGGAUAUCGACUUGACGGGCAGUCUCGAACCUCCCAAGGACUUGUUCAUUGACGUACGAGUACUCAAAGACGCGGGGGAGAUCCAGACCGAAUACGGUUCUAUUACCUUGACGAAGAACAGUCAAUUCUAUGUGCGUCAAGGUGAUGUUGAAAGACUCAUCGCGCAGGGGUAUCUUCAACGAUUGGGUUAAAAGAAGCGUUGAGCGUUGCAAAGCAGCAGACCUGCAAGCACAACAACAAAAACAGCAUCCGCGGAAGCAGCCAAGAGCAUCCCC